AUGAAACUCAAGAUGAGCCUCGAAGAUGAGAAAGAUGUUAUCACGGUGACAUGUUGGAGUGACUCAGACUUCGCGGCAGAUAAGUCCGACCGCAAGUCAAUAACCGGUGGAGUACUUACGGUGAGUGGAGUCAUCGUGCAUUGGAUCUGCAAAAAGCAGACCGGAGUAUCCUUGUCUACCAUGGAGGCCGAGUUUACCUCGGCGUCGCACGUUGGACGAGAGCUGCUGGGAUUGCGAGAAUUGCUGAAGGAGAUUGGACUUCCUGUGACGGAGCCAAUGAGCAUGCUAAUGGACAAUCAAGCAGCAAUCAAGAUGUUAGAGUCUGAAGGAAGCAUGGCGAGUGCGAAGCACGUGGAUGUGCAGAUGAAAUUCAUCUGCGAUUAUGCUAAAAAGGGUAUCGUCAAACCUGAAUUCGUCGAGUCGAAGUUGAUGAAAGCAGACCUGUUGACGAAGACACUGCCGGCGCCAAGGGUCGCGGAGCUACGCGAAUUGUUUAACCUUGUUUGA